UUUCAAAAAUUAAAAACAACUUAAAAUAAUCAAAUUUUUUGUUAAAAGGAAAAAUUCUUAUAAAUUUAAACAAACCCUGCUGGAGUUGCUAGGUAUUUUCCGAAAUAAUUCAACAAGCUUUCUUAAAAUAAAACCGAUUUUAGUUAAAAAAUAAUGUUAAACCAAAGAAGAAUAACAAAAGUUUCUACGUUAUUUUAACAACAUAUCAUUCAUUAAAUAAUUAAGAUUUCGAUUGAAAAAAGCCAAUUCUUGAUUAAAUUAAAACUGAUUUGACAAAAUAUUUAUAAUUUAUAUUAAAUUCACCAAAUAGAAAAAAAGACUUUUUUUGAAGCUAGCAACUAAUCAAAAAUUUAAAAAAUUGAAAAUAACACACUAAUGUCUAGUUAUGCAGGGUGUUUUCUUAAUAUUGCGAAAAAUAAUACUAAUUUGUCAAAUAAAGUGAAAAAAAUGUAAUAAAAAAUCUACCAACUACGCCACUGACUUUUCUCUUGCAUACAACAGUCUUGUUGACUUGUAUCCUAGCAACCGGAAGAAACAUUUACCAUUACAUAAGCUACGUUGCUAAGCAACCAAUACACAACACUUCAAUGGUCUUUAAGUCAGUGGGGUGCUCGGAAUUUUCUUGACGUCAAUUAUGAAACUAUUUAAAUAAUUGUUUAAUGACCGUGAUUUUCUUUUGUUCAUUAUCAUAAAUAAACACUUGAUAAAAUAUUUAUCUCGUCGUUGACGUUUAUAAAAAUGCGACUUUGGAAAAGUUUAUUUUAAAUGACAAAAUGAAUUACAACGAAAGUGAACUAAAAUCGUGGCUCGAUUCGUGUUUAAAAAAAAAUUUGCUUGAGAUAAGAGUGACUCUUGUGGGUCAUUCGGCGAAGGGUGAUGGUUACAUGGGCGAUAUUUUUUUCGUCCAUGUCGAUGGUAAAGCCCCCCAUGGGGGCCCCCAGACCCUCGACGUUGCCGUCAAGUGCAGCAAAGACAGCGACGUUCUCCGAAAAUUCUCCCCCAUGAAGAUUUUCUUCCGCAACGAGAAAUACUUCUACGAGAGGGUUUUCCCCACUUUUGUGCAAUUCCAGACGAAUCGGGGGGUGAAAAACGCCUUCGGGGGAGUCCCCAAGUGCUAUGGGACGCUCUCGGGGGACAGGGACGUGCUAGUGUUCGAGAAUUUGGCCAAAAGGGGGUUCCAAUUAUGGGACAGGAAGCGCCCCAUGACGCGGGGGCACGUCGAGCUGGUGUUGCGCGAGUAUGCGAAGUUUCACGCGAUUUCAGGCGCGCUUCAGGACCAGGAAGCUGAAAAGUUUGGGGAGUUGGUGGGGCAUUACGAUAUUUUCAGGGAUUUGGGGCGGGGGGAGAACCCGAUGGUUGACGCGCUGAAAAAUGCCAUCGAUGAGAUGGGCGAUUUGCUGAAAAACGAGCUGGAGGAGUGGGUUUUAGACAAGUGGAGGAAGCUGAAAAAUGACUGUGAGACGAUUUUUCAGGACUUGAUGAGUUUUCAGGGGUUUAAAGUCGUCACUCAUGGCGACUGCUGGAAUAACAAUUUUUUGUUUUAUUGUGAUGAGAGAAAUAAUCCGAUUAAAGUUUCAAUAAUCGACUGGCAAAUAAGCCGAUUAGCGUCCCCAAUUCUGGAUUUAUCACACUUUAUUUUUUCCUGCACUUCUGAAAAUGACCUAAAUGAUUUGACCAACAUUUUGGAAUAUUACCACAAGUGUUUUAGUGAUUUUUUAACCCAAAUGGGGUCCAGCGAAAAUUUGUACCCCAAAACCCAAUUUUUCGAGGAUUGGAAAAAACUGAGCAAAUUCGGAAUUAUGCUCACUUCAAUUGUUAUGAAAAUUUGUACGGCCGAAAUGGAGGAAGCCCCCGAUUUGGCCAAAUCGGCCGAAAAUGGAGAUCUCAAAGUUUUUCAAUUCGAAGUUGGAAAUAAAAAACUCCUGAGGCAAAGAAUGAGAGCUAUUGUGAGGUGUGCAUCGCAGAAUGAACUUAUUUAGAAUAAAAAAAAAUGUUGGA